GGGGAGGCGGCUGCUGGUUCACAUGUGUGACCUCACCAGCUGUUGCUGCAUGCUGUUGGGAGGCACGGGGAGGGCGGGGUGGAGAGCGCGCACACACAAGUGUGACGGGUGACAAUCUGUUGUUCUGCAGGGAGAUGAGGGCAUGCAUGCACAUGCAUCAAGGGAUGGACAUGAGCACGCACACGCCGCGCCGUGAGGCGCCAGCGCGCGCGCACCUCUCCUGAUUCAGCGGAACGGAUCUCUUCGUCAGCUUUACGCACAGAACCCGCCGCUGCUGCUGCUGCUGCUGCUUCUGCUGCAACACCCCGCCGUGAGGCUGCGUGGCUCUGCAGCCCUGCUCCAACUCUGUCUGGCUGCAGCCUGAGGAGGGGGCCGGAGGUGGUGGGGGUGGGACAGGUGGAGAGACGAGCGGCGCAGGAGGACGAUGGGUGAAUUUUGAAACCAAGGAGGAGGAGGAUGAAGCAGCAGCGGAGAAACUAAAGACGCGACAAACCCUGACCUCCCCUGUCAAGGGAAUGCUCGUUAUUAUGGGAUAGCUCCAAAAGACUCCUCGUUGUUAUGGAUACCAGCACGAGAAAAUUCACAGUGCGGAGAUGGCUCUCUAUUUAUCUGAAGAGCAAAGCGGCCCGCAGCAAGAACAGCGCCGGCUUCUGCCAGCUGGAGGACGAGAGUUUACUCAAGGAGAUCGACAUCAGCCACCAUGUGAAGGAAGGUUGUGAAAAAGCAGAUCCUUCUCAGUUCCAGCUUCUGAAGGUGCUGGGACAAGGCUCCUAUGGAAAGGUCUUCCUGGUUAGAAAGAUCAGAGGGGCAGACAGAGGACAGCUAUACGCCAUGAAGGUGUUAAAGAAAGCCACACUCAAAGUUCGGGAUCGUGUGAGAUCUAAGAUGGAAAGAGACAUUCUCGCUGAAGUGAACCAUCCGUUUAUUGUUAAACUCCACUAUGCCUUUCAAACAGAAGGAAAGCUUUAUCUGAUCCUGGACUUUCUCAGAGGUGGAGAUCUUUUCACUCGUCUGUCCAAAGAAGUCAUGUUUACAGAAGAGGAUGUAAAGUUUUACCUUGCAGAGUUGGCUCUAGCUUUGGACCAUCUGCACAGUCUGGGGAUCAUCUACCGGGACCUCAAACCAGAAAACAUUCUUCUGGAUGAAGAAGGACACAUUAAGAUAACAGACUUUGGACUUAGCAAGGAAGCUAUAGAUCACGAUAAAAGAGCUUAUUCGUUUUGUGGUACGAUCGAGUACAUGGCUCCUGAAGUGGUGAACAGACGAGGGCACACCCAAAGUGCUGACUGGUGGUCAUUUGGGGUCCUCAUGUUUGAAAUGUUGACAGGAUCUUUGCCGUUCCAAGGAAAAGACAGAAAAGAAACAAUGGCACUCAUUUUAAAGGCAAAGCUGGGAAUGCCGCAGUUCCUCAGUCCUGAGGUCCAGAGUUUAUUAAGAGCACUUUUUAAGAGGAACCCCACCAACCGACUCGGUGCCGGACCAGAUGGAAUUGAAGAAAUAAAAAGACAUCGUUUUUUUGCGUCAAUAGACUGGAAAAAGUUGUACAGGAAAGAAGUGCGGCCUCCAUUCAAGCCAAGUGUAGGAAGACCUGAAGACACUUUUCAUUUUGACCCAGAGUUCACUUCGAGAACUCCAACAGAUUCUCCUGGCAUUCCUCCCAGCGCAAACACACACCAGCUGUUUCGUGGCUUCAGUUUUGUCGCCACUAAUCAAAGUCAGGAGGCCACCGUUGCCCCGGUAACACCGACUUGUCAGGGGGGAAACAUUAACCCUAUUUCACUGCGCGUGCACGGGGACUAUGCCUUCAAAGAUGUUUACGAGUUGAAGGAAGAAGCCGAACCGAUGGGAACUUGUGUCCGCAGAAGAUGUCUACACAGAAUUACUGCUGUGGAGUAUUCAGUAAAGAUUAUUGACAAAACGAGGCGAGAUCCAUCAGAAGAGAUUGAAAUUCUUUUGCGAUAUGGCCAGCAUCAGAAUAUUAUUACUCUGAGAGAAAUGUUUGAUGACGGCCACACUGUUUAUUUAGUCCAGGAUUUACUGAGAGGAGAGCAGCUGCUGGACAGAGUUCUGACUCUGCCCAACUUCACAGAAAAAGAUGCCUCGGACAUCAUCUGCACACUGGCCAAAACUGUGGAGUACUUACACUCACAAGGGGUUGUUCAUCGAGACCUAAAACCCAGUAACGUUCGCUACGCUGAUGACAGCGGCCUCCCAGAAAGCAUCAGGAUAUGUGAUUUUGGUUUUGCAAGACAACUUCGAGCUGAAAACGGCUUGUUGAUGACACCGUGUUACACAGCCACAUUUAUGGCGCCUGAAGUAUGUCUGAAUGUUCUGAGGAAGCAGGGGUAUGAUGCUGCCUGUGAUAUCUGGAGCUUGGGGAUCCUGCUCUACACCAUGAUAGCUGGUUUCAGCCCGUUUGCCAGCAGUCCUGAUGACACAGCAGAUGAGAUUCUGGCAAAGAUCGGCAGUGGGAGAGUCACCAUCACAGAAGGGAACUGGGAUUUUGUGUCAGAUGCUGCUAAGGACAUAGUGAUAAAGAUGCUUCAUGUGGAUCCUCACCAGCGUUUAACAGCCCCACAGGUUCUUCGUCACCCCUGGGUUGUAGAGAGAAACCAGCUAACUGACAGAGCUCUUACCAGACAGGAUGCGGUUAAUGUCAAGGGGGCUCUGUCUGCCACCUACUCGGCUCUGAGUCGCUGUGCUCCUGCUCCAGUGCUGGAACCUGUGCAGUCUUCCAGCUUAGCGCAGAGGAGGGGAAUGAAGAAACUCGGGAGUCUAAACUCCUCAUCAGACCCUAAGGAGAAGCAAUAAUUAAAAAAAUAUAUAUAUGUUUGAAAAUCUUAAUUUCAACAACAUCAAUACCAUAAAAUUAAAGGGAAAAGCUCUUAAAAAGCACAAGUCACUAUCAAAAAUCAUCUAAUGAACAAUAGAAACAGAACUGACCUCCGUUAAACAUUUGAAUUGACUCUGGUUUGACUUCCAAGAGAGUUUAACCAAACUGAAUCAGAGAGGCUGAAAGCAAUCAGAUUCUCAGUGUUUUUCCUCACUGGUGGUUGCAGGUUUCAAGUACUUCUUGCUGUUUUAAAAUCAUCUUCUCUCAAUAUGACUUUUGCCCCCUCUGCAACUGCUUUUCAAGAACAUGAUGUUUGCAUAUCUUUGCAAAUGGGAGGGCUUUGUGCAAUACACUCUGUGGAACGUACACAGAUGAAUUUCUCCUGCCUUGAGUUGUACAGUAGAGUUGUAGCUACAAUAAUUACAAGUAGGAGAAAAAAAGAUUCAGUGCCACAAAAAACAUCCACAUGAAACAGCUUACAACAUUUAGUUCAGCAAAAUCAAAGUUUAGCAAUAGUUAGAUAAAUUUAUGUAAUGUACAUACAUAAAUGCACAUUUUUCUUGGCAAACUGUUCUGUUUUUCCGUCCGUCAGAUUUUAGACUAUUCCGUGAACUUAAGCGUGUACACAGAAACGUCCUACCAAAGGGAUCCGCUCCAAAAUUCAUCUCCGCUGCUGAUUUUUAUCUGCUUUAUAUAAAAAGUCUUCAAAAUGUGAAAUUUAGCAAUAUGGAAUGAACCACUGCUGCAACCUUCAGAUCCGAUCUAACCAUGUGUCCAUUCUACAACAAUAGUAGCAUUUUCUAACGUAUUUUCAGUGUAAAACUGAUCAGAAUACAAGAAAUAUGUUGAUCUGUAAAUAUCACAAGUCAAAACCCAUCUGUUUACAUUCUGGAUUCAUAAAAAUAGCUUUAAACAUCAAUUUGGUGACAUUUAGUGAGGCAUUUCCUUGCUAUUGGUGGCUGAAUUGCAUUUAUUUGCACUGAGAACAGCUAAAAUAUGUUUUCAGAUGCAGACAUGAGUAGCAUUUCAGAGUAGUUUUUAUUUUGUACAGCUUACCAGAGAGAAAAGAAAUGACAAUGCUCUAUUUUUUAAAACAAAGCGAGGUUGUCUGUUAUUGUAUGCAGUGAUAACAUGGGGGAACAGCAAUACUUUAUGUUGUGUAAAUGUAUUCCCUGUUGCAGAGAUUCUAUGUGUCAUGUGUUGUUUUGCAUCGCUUCACCGUAUGUAAACCUGGUGCAGUUUUGAGCUGUGCUGACAGACGAGGUUGUGCAUUCUCUCUCAUGUAGCUUCAGUUGAACGUGUACAUAGAAUUUCAAAUGUCUAAAUGUACAUUUUGUCAACCUGAAAAUGUCUAAUGAGACUGUACAUAGUAAAAUAUGUCAACUGGAAUCGUUGCUUUAAAUGCAUAUCUUCACUUGGCCAAACAUUAAAAUGACAGAUUUACAAAUAAAA